AUGUGGAGAAGGAGAAGAGUGUCAAUGAGAGAUCAAAGCCCUACUCCAAGAGGACUCUUUCAUUCUCUAACACUCUUGCAUGGCGAUUUGGGCUUCAAUUCGCAAAAAUUAGGGCUCCGCUGCGCUAAUCGAUCGGUUAUCAACUCCGUUUAUAGAAGAUGUGAUCUCACAGUGAUUCUCGCAUUCUUUUGGAAGCCAGUUUAUAGGAGAUUUUGGAUCCUUCCAAGGUGGUUCUCUGCCACUUGCCGCCGUUCAUUACGAUGGUCAUGCUUGACGAAGAAGUCGAUAGUGCAUUUCCUGGCCGUUACAACUGGCUCUCCUUCUGUCCCGGGAAGAGCACGUACCCAAUAUAAAAAUAUUGUUGAGUGUGCACCUUCCCAACAUGUUCCAAAGCACUGGUCUAAAACAAAUGGUCGUGAAGGGACUAUGUUCAAAGAUCCUGAGUAUUUGGAGUUCCUUGAAUUUCUUGCAAAGCCAGUUGGGAAUCUUCCUAGUGCAGAGAUACAUUUAGAGAGAAGGGAGGCAGAAAGAGCUGGUGUACCAAAGGAUGCUCCUGUAGUUACACCUUUAAUGGAUUCUGUUAGACAGAAAAGAGUUGCCAAGGGAGGAUCAUGGAGGUCACUGCCUAAUGGGAAACUGAGCAGAAGAGCUGGUGGGUCAUCUGGUGGAAGUCCAAGUUCAGCAUCAUCCAAAAGAGGUUCUGAAAAGAGAAGGGGUUCUACUACAAUGGUUCUUCUCUGGGAACUGAAAUCUCUAAAGAGGAAAGUGGUAUGGGCGAUAAUGCAUGCAAACAGUGCGUCAGAUGAUAAGGUUGUUGGGAAUGACUUGCAUGGUAGUGAGAAGCCAGAAAGACGUAGUAGAAACAAAGAUAGACCAGAUCGUGGUAUAUGGGCCCUUUGCCAUUCUGAUGGAUCAUAUGCAAGUUAUGAGUCCUCGUCAUCAUCUGCUACUCAAUCUAUGCAGAUACCUUUAUAUUCUUCAGAAUAUAUGGGUAUAUUAAAUCUUUGGUAUUAUUGUUCCUUGGGAAAAUUAUUGUCCAAGGAAUUCUCCACAGAUUGGAAUUGAUUGCUAUCAUGACACCAAUGCAGUUGCACACUUACAUAUGUUUGCAUUAUGUGUUCAGUGAGCAGCAGCAACCCAGGAUUGCAGAAAACGGAAUUUUCCUUUAAGUAGAAUAAAGGGGAUUAUGGUGAUACUAAAGUUGAUUUGUCAAAUGAAUGGAGUCUGCAAGUUAAAA